CGGCUCAGCUACUGACGGUGUCUGUGAGCUUUAUAGUCCGUCCUUUGAACCAGGAUGCUAGUGGAAACAUUAAGCCGUGAGCUCUUCUCAGCGCCGGGAAAUGAAUGUUGGUUAUACUUCGUCUGAAUGCCUCUUUGUUGGCAGUAAACACGUAGCGGUACACCCCGCAUGAGAGGGGAUCUUCGGUUGCAUUUUAGCCGUUUUUUAAUUCUUUGACGGUUGAGAAGAAGAAGCAUCCACAGGGAACAGAAGUAGCGGCUGGUUGACAGGUGCUGUCGCCGUCGAGAGAUGCCGCCCGUUCAGAGAACGAUGUCUGAACUUCGUACCCGGGCGGAGGGAUAUGAAAAGACAGAGGACACAUCAGAAAAGACAUCAUUAGCUGAUCAAGAAGAUGCCCGACUGAUAUACCUCAACCAGCAGCAGUUCACCAGGUUUUGCAACAACAGAGUCAGCACAGCCAAGUAUAAUGUCCUCACCUUCCUCCCCCGGUUCCUCUACUCACAGUUCAGAAGGGCAGCCAACGCCUUCUUUCUCUUCAUUGCACUCUUGCAGCAAAUUCCAGAUGUGUCACCGACUGGUCGCUGGACCACACUGGUGCCGCUGCUCUUCAUCCUAGUGGUGGCUGCAGUCAAGGAGGUCAUUGAAGAUCUGAAACGUCACAAAGCUGACAGUGUUGUCAACAAAAAAGAAUGUCAAGUAUUGAGAAAUGGUGCCUGGGAAAUUGUACACUGGGAGAAGGUGUCUGUUGGGGAAGUAGUCAGAGCUUCAAAUCGGGAUCACCUCCCGGCUGACCUCGUCAUUCUGUCAUCCAGUGAACCACAGGGUAUGUGCUACAUUGAAACAUCUAACUUGGAUGGAGAAACAAACCUUAAAAUAAGACAGUGUCUCCAAGUGACUGCAGGCUUAAAGGACAUUGAGAGCUUGAUGCGCCUCAGAGGGCGAAUGGAGUGUGAGAGCCCAAACCGUCAUCUGUAUGAGUUUGUUGGGAACAUUCGCCUGGAUGGACACAGCACAAUACCACUGGGUCCAGACCAGAUCUUACUGAGAGGGGCUCAGCUGAGGAACACUCAGUGGGUCCAUGGUGUGGUGGUCUACACAGGACAUGACACAAAGCUCAUGCAGAACUCCACUCGGCCCCCUCUGAAGCUGUCGAAUGUAGAGCGGAUCACCAAUAUCCAAAUACUUGUGUUGUUUGGCUGCCUGCUGGCCAUCUCUCUGUUCUGCUCCAUCGGUCAAACCAUCUGGAAGUACCAGAGCGGCAAUGAUGCCUGGUACAUGGAUCUCAACUCUCCAGAUGGUGGGGCGGCAAACUUUGCACUCAACUUUCUCACCUUCAUCAUCCUGUUCAACAACCUGAUCCCCAUCAGUCUCCUGGUCACACUGGAGGUUAUCAAGUUCAUCCAAGCCUUUUUCAUCAAUUGGGACACUGAUAUGCUCUAUGAGCCCACAAACACACCUGCCAUGGCUCGCACCUCCAAUCUGAAUGAAGAACUAGGCCAGGUGAAAUACAUUUUCUCUGACAAGACGGGGACACUGACCUGCAAUGUCAUGCAGUUCAAGAAGUGCACUAUUGCCGGUGUGGCUUAUGGCCAUGUCCCUGAGGCUGAGGAGGGUAGUUUUGCAGAGGACGACUGGCACAGCACACACUCGACUGAUGAGGCUGAAUUUAAUGACCCAAGCUUACUGGAAAACUUCCAAAGUAAUCACCCUACGGCUGCUGUCAUCCUGGAGUUCAUGACCAUGAUGGCCAUCUGUCACACUGGAGUUCCUGAGCACACUGAUGGAAGAAUCACAUACCAGGCUGCAUCUCCAGAUGAAGGAGCUCUGGUGAGAGCAGCACGAAACCUUGGCUUUGUGUUUUCUGGACGAACCCCAGACAGUGUGAUUGUGGAAAUUCUUGGAACAGAGGAGAAGUACGAACUACUUCAUGUACUGGAGUUUACCAGUGCACGUAAAAGGAUGUCUGUCAUCAUGCGCACUCCAUCUGGAAAGAUCCGCCUCUACUGCAAAGGAGCUGACACAGUGAUUUAUGACCGUCUGGCAGACAGCUCUAAGUACAAAGAGAUCACACUGAAGCACCUGGAACAGUUUGCCACUGAAGGGCUGCGUACGUUGUGCUUUGCGGUGGCAGACAUCAGUGAAUCAUCCUAUGAGCAGUGGCUGGAAAUCCACCACAGAGCCUGCACCUCCCUGCAGAACAGAGCCCUAAAACAGGAGGAGAGCUAUGAACUUAUAGAGAAGAACCUGCAGCUCCUGGGGGCCACAGCAAUAGAGGACAAGCUCCAAGAUAAGGUGCCUGAGACCAUCGAGACACUGAUGAAAGCUGAUAUCAAGAUUUGGAUCCUGACCGGAGACAAACAGGAAACAGCCAUCAAUAUCGGACAUUCCUGCAAACUACUGACCAAGAACAUGGGCAUGCUUGUGAUCAAUGAAGAAACUCUUGAUAAUACAAGGGAAAUGCUCAGCCACCACUGUGGACUGCUGGGAGAUGCCCUAUACAAGGAGAAUGACUUUGCUCUCAUUAUUGACGGGAAGACUCUGAAAUAUGCCCUUACAUUUGGAGUGCGACAGUACUUUCUGGACCUCGCCUUGUCCUGUAAAGCUGUCAUAUGCUGCAGAGUAUCUCCUCUUCAGAAAUCAGAGGUGGUGGAGAUGGUAAAGAAACAGGUUAAAGUGAUCACGCUGGCAAUUGGUGACGGCGCUAAUGAUGUGGGAAUGAUCCAGACAGCCCAUGUUGGUGUGGGAGUCUCUGGCAACGAGGGCCUUCAGGCAGCAAACUCCUCUGACUACUCUAUUGCCCAGUUCAAAUACUUGAAGAAUCUGCUGCUUGUCCAUGGAGCCUGGAAUUACAACCGCGUAGCCAAGUGUAUCCUGUACUGCUUCUACAAGAAUAUCGUCCUCUACAUCAUUGAGAUCUGGUUUGCUUUUGUCAAUGGCUUCUCAGGUCAGAUUCUGUUUGAACGCUGGUGCAUCGGCUUGUACAACGUGAUCUUCACCGCUCUGCCUCCUCUCACUCUGGGAAUAUUUGAGCGCUCCUGCAGGAAAGAGAACAUGCUAAAAUACCCUGAGCUCUACAAAACCUCCCAGAAUGCCAUGGGUUUUAAUACCAAGGUUUUCUGGGCCCAUUGUCUGAACGGCCUCUUCCACUCUGUCAUCCUCUUCUGGUUCCCCCUUCAAGCCUUCCAGCAUGAUACAGUUUUUGGCAAUGGAAGAACUGCAGACUAUCUUCUCUUAGGCAACAUGGUUUACACAUUUGUGGUCAUCACAGUUUGUCUUAAAGCUGGCCUUGAGACCUCAUCCUGGACCAUGUUCAGUCACAUUGCCAUCUGGGGAAGCAUUGGCUUAUGGGUGGUGUUUUUCAUUAUCUACUCCUCCCUGUGGCCCCUCAUCUCUCUGGCUCCGGACAUGUCAGGCGAGGCGACCAUGAUGUUCAGUUCAGGGGUCUUCUGGAUGGGCCUGUUCUUCAUCCCAGUCACCUCGCUGGUCUUUGACGUGGCCUACAAAGUAGUGAAGAAGGCAUACUUUAAGACCCUGGUGGAUGAGGUGCAGGAACUUGAGGCUGCAUCCAAAGACCCUGGAGCAGCGGUGCAUGGAAAGAGUUUGACGGAGAGGGCCCAGCUCCUGAAGAACGUCUUCAAGAAGAGCACGGUCAGUUUGUACCGGUCUGACUCUAUGCAGCAGAACCUGCGCCAUGGGUAUGCCUUCUCUCAAGAUGAAAAUGGUGUGGUGUCUCAGUCUGAGGUCAUCAGAGCAUAUGACACCACCAAACAGAGGACCAACGAGUGGUGAGCUGCCGGCCAGCCCGGAGCCGCUUCAGCCCUUUCUAAAGGCGACAUUUAAAGCCGAGAUGCAAAUAUGUGCCCAAGCACUGAGGGGGAUUCCUGAUGCGAGUAUGAAACGGAUAGAGCAAAGUGACAUUUGUAGUCUUUGAAAAAGGAAAAAAAAAAACAAGGAACAAAACAAAACAAGUUCACAAUCAGUUGUAGUUGUAUGUCCAGCACACAUGAUGAGCACCGUGCUUUCUUAGCAGUCUGUGGUCUGAAGUUCUUCACUGUUGUCACUCGGUUUGUCCGGGUGAACGUCACCUAUCUACUGGUUUAAAGAAAGGCAGUAUUAACAAAAACCAUCGUAUCAAAUUAAAGUCAAGCUCAAACACUGUUCUUAUAAAAGUUAAAACACUGGAUGACAAUUUGUUUUAGAGGAUCUGAAAUUGUGAAAAAUUGCCAAAGAGCGGUCAUUUAUACAACCAUCCAGGAGUAAUCACACUCCUGGGUGUGCUCCAGCACUACAUGGACCACUUCAGAGCAGACAUUUGCAAUGUUUUAAUUUUCUUUUUACACCUAAGGAAGCAUGUGCUGUGUGAUGCCUUAUAUCGGCAUUGUUUCUUUUAAAAUGUUUUUUUUUUUUUACUUAGCUUAAUUUUGAAGUAUAUUGUGCCUGGUUUUAUUUAUUUUUUACCUUAUUUUAUGAAGCUGCUUCCUGCAACAUACAGUAGUCCUGUUUCAACCAUUUUCUUCAUGGAAGCAUUCCACACUUCACUCCUGUCUCAACAUUCACAAUGGUGCCUAGGUAGAAGUAAAAGACGGCCAAGAAUAUUUUACCCAGUUAGCUUAGACCAGUACUCCACAAACACAUACUGAAGACAAUUUGCUGUCUCCCCAACCACAGUCUUGCACUCAUUCUGUGUUAAAACUACAGAGUGCCUUGUGGCACAUGUAAAAAUGAAGAAUUGUUCCUGUCGAGGAGAAGAGGAGGCUCUCUCAUGGUCGUGUUGAUGCUUAAGGUGAUGAUGGUAUUUCCCUUAAAAUGGAGAUUUAACCUUCUAACAUAAGUGCCAUUAGCUUAAGGAAGGGGGAGAGAAAUAUUAGCCAGGAAAACUUCACGACAGUAUCAAAGCUACUUUGUCUCUAUAGUUAUUUUGUGGAUUUGUAUUUUUAUAUUGGAGAUGUAUGAAUUUUGCAUUGACUGGCUUUGUAAUGAAUUGUCUGUAACCUUUUGUUUUUCGUUCUCAUAACCUGGCAGGAGAGAAUAGAUCGAAUAAGGAAACUGAGCUGUGUUAAAUGUCAUGUUCUUAUUAAUAUUAAUAUUGUUGCAGCUUGAUUUACUUAUAAUUGACUAUUUACUGUCUGUGUGAUUGCUUUUUCUCCCUAUGGGAGAUCACAUUUCUGACGGUGUAUGAGUAUGUGUGUUGGUUUAUUACCUGCAUGUGCAUGUGUUGUAUGUGUGUGAGUGUGUGUCUCCUCUGCUGUGGAUAAUGUCUACGUACUGUACGCACUGCAUGUCUGUGUCCUCUAUGUGAGACUGGGAGUUCAGUCCUGGUGUACUUUGUUGAUUGUGUGUGUGUGUGUAUGCGUGUGUGUUGACGCUUGCUCCAGUUGUCUGUCUGCAUGACCCCAGGUACUACUACUGCAAUGUGCUGAUGCAUGGCCCGUAUGGGAUAGUGUGUGUGUGUUGGUGUCUGGUAUGACUGUGUGUGCGCUUGUGGUCAAACUCUCGGUCUUGACUGUGGAAGUUUUGGAUGCCCAGCUCGCUUCAACUAGAGAUGUUGCACAAUGCACUCAAUGUACCUUCUCAGUAGUGGUUAUCUGGUCUUAUCUUCUUUCACUAAAGGAUUUCUCUUGAGUGUACAUGUCUGUAUCUUGCUUUCUUCAUGCACUGUACCUCUGAUUUACAGGGAGGCUCUUCUGUGUUUCUCGGUUUGGUGAGGGUUCGUGAUGAUUUUUUUUCUUUGCUGGUCGUCUGUGUUACAAAUAUUUGGUUGUCAUCAUGUCGUUAUUGUGGAAGGCUCAGACUUUAGCUUUCUUUUUUCGGAAAACAUGAAACGCGUUGUUUGUGAAAGCCGUGAGCUGCAUGGAUGGGAAACACACACUGUUCUCUGAAGUGUUAACUGUACUACUUCGAAUCUUCCUCAAGUGUUGAUCACUUUACAAAAGAGAAAAUACACACCUUUAACUUUUCUUUACAGUAUUCAUUUCUUUUCUGUUGUUUUGUUCAGUGAUUGUUCUGCAUGUUGGGACUGCGAAAUUAUAAGUGUUGUCUUACUGCCAUGAAGGACUACUGAAUAAACUUCACAGUAAUGAAG